UGAGUUUCCGUUUUCAUUGACAAUAAAGUUCUAGUUUCGCUUCAACUUAAGUCAGUAUUGAUAAAAUAUAAUGUCUCACGUUUCUUCAAUUCCAGGCGGGUUGCGCGCAGGACUAAACGUAAUAAUCAGAGGACAGGUUCCAGCAGACACAGACGAUAGGUUCAUAAUUGAUUUCCAAACAGGAGAUGAAACUGGGGAUGAGGCAGCCCAAAACAUUGCAUUUCAUUCUUCACUAUACGUGAAUUCAGGACUUAUUGUGAGAAAUAGUAAAAUAGAUGGAUCCUGGGGAACUAGCGAUGAUAGUUAUAUCUUAAAUGUUAAAGCAGGACAACAAUUUCUGAUAAAUAUUUUUGUCAAAUCCGACGUAUAUUCUGUUGCAAUUAACAAUGAAACCCUUUACGAAUUCGCGCACAGGGUCCCUUUGGCUCAAACGGACCAUCUUCAUGUACAUGCCAAUUGUAUAGUGGAUUCAGUGAUUUUUAAAUAUACGGAAACCGUUGAUACACGCAUCCUCAACACCACUACAGAAUAUUCCUACUCUAAUGCCUGAAAAUAUAAAAUUACAAAAUAAAUAUAUUUUUAUUAUUCAAUCUAAUGUAUUCAUAAACUAAAAAUUUGCAAAAUAAAUAGUACAUUCAAUACCGACUA